AUUGGUCAAACAUCAACACCAUCGUAUCUACUAAAGAAAAUAAAACUCAACAUUUUAAACGGUGCAUUCAAAACUAGCAAGCAAAACCAAUAAUUAACAGAGAUCAUAACAUCAGAAUCAAUGGGUUCAGAAGGACAGCCCAUGCUUCCUGUUCUAGAUUUCACCAUGGAAGAUUUGAAGCCAGGGACCAAUUCCUGGUUAACAACAUGCAGAAGGGUGCGCCAAGCAUUUGAAGAAUAUGGUUGCUUCGUAGCUGUGUAUGAUAAAGCUUCUGUUGGGCUUCAAAAUGGUGUGUUCGGUUCAAUGAAGGAGCUCUUCGAUCUCCCAGCUGAAACCAAACAAAGAAACAUAUAUGAGGGCAUGCCUUUGAAAGGCUAUGUUGGUCAACGCCCACAGAUUCCUCUUCACGAAAGUAUGGGUAUAGAUGAGGGAACAACACUAGAGGGGAUUCAAAAUUUCAUACAAAAAAUGUGGCCAAACGGAAAUGAUCAAUUCUGCAAAUAUAUAUUUGAGUAUGCAAAGCUAGCUGAAGACUUGGAUCGGAUGGUGGCCAGAAUGAUAUUUGAAAGUUAUGGUGUUUUGAAACACUAUGACACAUACAUAGGGUCAACAAGUUAUCUCCUUAGGCUUUUGGCACACAAAGCACCAGAACAAGUCGAGCAACAACUAGGUUUCGUUGCUCACACUGACAAGAGCUUCACAACAAUUCUUCACCAGAAUCAAGUCAAUGGACUCAUGGUGGAGACAAGGGAUGGUCACUGGAUUGAUGUUGAUUUCUCUUCACCUACUUCCUUUGUCGUCAUGGCUGGCGAUGCACUCAUGGCUUGGAGCAACGACAGAAUAAAGUCCCCUAAUCAUAAGGUUUUGAUGAAAGGGAACGAAAUAAGGUACUCUCUUGGUCUGUUUGCCUUCUACAAAGGGAUUAUGCAAGUACCUGAAGAGCUAAUUGAUGAGGAACACCCAUUGCAAUAUAAGCCCUUUGAUCAUCUUGGUUUGUUGAACUUCACUUACAGUGCUAAUAUGAAAGCCUAUUGUGGCGUCUAAAAGGCUUGUCAAGGUUGUUCAACAAACUAUGUGAUGUGUAUUUUAUAUAUAUUAAGCUAUGUCUUUAGAAAUGUCUUCCAUAGACAUUGUUUGGUGUGUUAUGUGGUCUAUUAAUCAUGGCUUAUACGUACUACAGUCUUCAAAUGUUUUCCUAAUUAAUAAAAUGUAUUGUUAAUCA